GGAAAGAGGAUUUGCUGAAACGUCUGGACCCUGAAGAGGAAACCAAGCUCUGAGAACAGCAUAUCUUUCCAGAGCAUACCACUUCAAUACCAAAAGUCAGAUAACUGCAUCAUGAGAAUGGUUAACCUGGAACCCUAUCUUGAAGAUAAACACCCUGAAUCGCCACAGCCUCCACCAGGAAGGACCUGGGUUCCAGUCUCUGGUUUGUCAUGAAGAAUCUGCAGGCGGCACUUCCAGACCAUCCCUGCCGCUCCCUACGUGAGCUAAGGCAUUCUGCUGUGCCCUCUCUGCAUCUCUGAGGCCAGCCCCCUGCUCAUUGCUGUCUGGUGGUGCUGACUCUUGUCACUUCUUCCCCCGGUGCACCUCAAGGUUGCAGAGAUUUCACUGUCUGACCUGUGUCUCGAUGGACAGACCAGAAGACACACUACCUUUGCUGAUGUCUUAGCCAACACUGAACAAGGCUCCCUUGCAAACAAGAAAGCCACUAGGUCCACAACAUUGUGGGCAAACUAGACCCUUUAGCAAUGAAAAAAUAUCCUUUGAACUUGCCCCCAACUCAGCUCUGUACCACGGUUCCUCUUGGGAGGCAGCCCUGAGUGUUAAUUUCUAGGUCAUCUUGUUGACCACAGCAUGCAGCAUGCAGCCUGCACGCUGGGGGACCCUUGUCUUGCUAGAACCAUCCACACACCUGUAUGCACAGCACCUUUUUCUGCCAUGACUGACACGUGUUCCAAGUGAAUAAAGACAAAUGUGGUUUCACCACUGCAGCUGUCAUUUAUCAUCCCAACCAAAAGCAUAAUCACAGCCUCGCGUGCAUCUGGAAUGUGAUGUCUGUACUACUUGGCGGGCAUGUGGGUCCUGUAUAACCGGGUCUCUACGAGUACCAGCCAUUCCUUCCCUUGCAGACCACCCUUACCCUGUGCCUUGGUCCUGCCUCAGAAGCAUCCCUGCUUCUGACCAGCUGCCCUCACUGCUCAGGACACCAACCAUCCUUCCCAUCUCCCGACUUUACAGCAUUAUCCACCCCUCCCCGGUCCCUGUCCCUGUCACUGCAGUGAGAGUGUCUCACUCUUCCUUGGCCCCAAAGCUCCUGUGAAACUCCUUCUAAGUAAGAACUCUGUCUAGCCUCCUCUCCACCUGUGCAGAGAGUCAUGGGAGGGGACAGCAGGACCUCCACAAGCCUGAAGGUCAUGGCUGGGGACAGAGGAGGAGCAUUGCCUUUACCAGGACAACUCAGCUAAGAUAUGUGACAUGGAUGAGUAGUCUUCCUGGCUCUCAGUAGCCCCCAGAGCUAACACACCUGGCCAUUGUCUAGGGCCUGUCAUCUGGAAGGUGGCACUUCUGGGGCUGAAAAGGCAGCAUAGCAGGAAAAGCCACAUGGUAGUUGAAGGAGAAGACCCAGAGCUACUGCAGACCUCAAGCAUUCCUUGUUCUAGAACAGGUGCAGGCAAGCUUAGACAGGGAGAAACUAUGCCACAGAGGACUUUGCUGCUGAGCCAAUGGACCUGGACUCUUGUUCAUGUGAGCUCAGGGUGAGUUGCACUGUUGCCCAAAAUGUGUUCACAUGGCACCAGGAUGUCCUCAGAGAGGGCCAAGUGUGCUUGUGUGAGACAGUGUGGCUUGAGUAAAUCAGGAAGGGGGGGUCUCUCACAAAGCUAAGGACCCGGGGAUCACAUCAGACCUGCUUUUCCUCCCAGAUUAGCUCCAUGGGGAUCACAAAGUGCGUGGACAGGCCCUUUCUCCCCUGUCAUAUUCUAGUUCAUGGCCUGUGGUUUAUGAUUACCCUGGAGCCAGCCAAUGAGACACCAGCCAAGUUUUCUGCCUGGAGGAGGGGCAGGUCCUGGCAGGUUCUUCUGAUUGUGGAGUCUACAGUGUCCUGGGAUCCUCUGCUCUGUGCUAUCAGGUGAAAGAACAGGGAGAGCUUAGGGGUGGUGUGCUGGCAUGUCUGGCUGUCCCUUGUGGAUGCAAAUUUGAGACCCAGAAGACUCUUCAUGACUCCUCAUCACAUCCGCCAGUACCAGGAGAGAGACCACAAACAGGUCCUGGACUUGUUCUCUAGGGGCAUGGAGGAGCACAUCCCUACCUCAUUCUACCAUGCAUUGAUGCUGCCCCGAACCCUCCUGGUCUUACUUGGGAUGCCCACUGCCCUGGUCCUAGUGUCAGGCUCUUGGAUGCUGGCCAUUAUGUGCAUCUUCUUUCUACUCCUGUUACUGUGGCUCCUUGCCAGACAGCCCUUGAAGAAGUUUGUGAACAUGUGUUUACACACAGACCUGGCUGACAUCACCAAGUCCUACCUCAGUGACCUUGGCUCCUGCUUCUUGGUGGCUGAGACUGAGGGCCAGGUAGUAGGCUUGGCGGCUGCUCGGCCAGUCCAGGAUGCCUCAUUAAAGAGGAAGCAGCUGCUGCUCUUCCACCUGUCUGUGUCCUCACAGCACCGAGGACAGGGCAUAGCGAAAGCGCUGAUCAGAGCUGUCCUCCAGUUUGCACGGAACCAGGGCUACAGUGACGUCGUUUUGCGUACCUCUAUGCUGAUGCAUGAUGCUGUAACCCUCUACAAGGGCAUGGGCUUCCAGAAGACAGGCACGUCCUUCUUCAACACAGUAGCGAAGCUACUAACUGUCCCUUCAAUUCAUUUCAGUUAUCCACUCCCUUCGGGUCAGGAACUUGAGUUUUGAUCUAAUUUCCUCUAGUUCACUGUGCUAUCACAAGCAAAUCCUAAUGUUGCAGUGGAUCAUAAAGCCAUAUUUGUCACGCUCA